AUGUCCAUUCAAACAAGUGACCCCAAUGAAGGCUCUGACUCAUUGAAAUCGCUUUCUUUGAUAGCAGCUCACUCGCAUAUUACAGGUUUGGGUUUGGAUGAAAACCUACAGGCUAAAGAGAGUUCACAGGGUAUGGUGGGCCAAGUACAAGCCCGUAGAGCUGCUGGUGUUAUCCUGAAGAUGGUCCAGAAUGGUACUAUUGCCGGUAGAGCGGUUCUGGUGGCUGGACCUCCUUCAACUGGUAAAACUGCUCUCGCGAUGGGUCUUUCGCAAUCGCUGGGCAAAGACGUACCUUUCACAGCAAUUGCUGGUUCUGAAAUCUUUUCGCUCGAGUUGAGCAAGACUGAGGCUCUUACACAGGCGUUUAGAAGGUCUAUUGGUGUUAAAAUCAAGGAAGAGACCGAAUUGAUUGAAGGUGAAGUGGUAGAGAUUCAAAUCGAUAGAUCGAUCACUGGAGGUCACAAACAAGGUAAAUUGACCAUCAAGACUACCGAUAUGGAGACUAUUUACGAACUGGGUAACAAGAUGAUUGAUGGAUUGACCAAGGAGAAAGUUUUAGCGGGUGAUGUUAUCUCUAUAGACAAGGCCAGUGGUAAAAUCACCAAGCUGGGAAGAUCAUUUGCACGUUCAAGAGAUUACGAUGCGAUGGGUGCUGACACCAGAUUCGUGCAAUGUCCCGAAGGUGAAUUACAAAAGCGUAAGACCGCGGUUCACACUGUUUCGCUGCAUGAGAUCGAUGUGAUCAACUCCCGAACACAGGGUUUUCUUGCACUGUUUACCGGUGACACCGGUGAGAUUAGGUCCGAAGUCAGAGAUCAAAUCAACACCAAGGUCGCUGAGUGGAAAGAAGAGGGAAAAGCUGAGAUCGUACCCGGUGUACUAUUCAUCGAUGAAGUGCACAUGUUGGACAUAGAAUGCUUUUCAUUUAUCAAUCGAGCAUUAGAGGACGAAUUUGCACCUAUCAUCAUGAUGGCCACGAAUCGUGGUAUUUCCAAGACCAGAGGUACCAAUUACAAGUCCCCCCACGGAUUACCGUUGGAUCUAUUGGACAGAUCGAUCAUCAUCACAACCACAAACUACAAUGAGGCCGAAAUCAAAACGAUUCUAAACAUUCGCGCACAGGAGGAAGAAGUCGAACUGACCAACGAUGCGCUAGACCUACUGACGAAAAUUGGUACAGAAACCAGCUUACGUUACAGCAGCAACCUAAUCUCUGUGGCACAACAGAUCGCUUUCAAGCGCAAGAACAACGCCGUAGACGUUGCAGAUGUGAAGAGGGCCUACACUCUAUUCCUAGACAGUGCCCGUUCCGUGAAGUACGUCCAGGACAACAAUUCCCAGUACAUUGACGAUCAGGGUUACGUCGAUAUCUCAGCACAGGGCGCUGAACCCAUGGACACUACAGAGUGA